CUGGGUUGACUGGAAGAGAUCUCUUUUAUAAGUCCACCUUUGCUCACUUUCUGUUAAUCUAAUCUUUCUGAUGUAUUUUAUUUGGUAAAGAAUAUAUUUAAUUACCCAAUGUUUUUUUUACUUUAUUAAGCCUUUUAAGAUACCAGUACAAUACCACAAAUUCGUCGUCCAUCGUGCACAGUGGUCUGAAUUCGACUGAGAAAUACCUCAAGUACAAAUGACGGGCUCUUAUGAUGACGUCAAACGAAUAUCGAAUUUCACGUGCUCAGUAAAAUUCAACGCCUCGAAUGAUAAAUGGAAUCUGAUGGACAACAUACGAUUGAUCGUCAAAUACAAUAAUUUUGAAAAAGAGUACACCUCGCCAAGCAAACUUGAGAAUGCCACUUUUACAGAUGCUUUAGCUCCUAUCUCAGAAGACAGAGAAGUUUUCUGCCGAUCUCUGUUCCACAAUACAGCGACAGACCAAUAUGUCUAUUCUUUCUCCAACGCGGUGAUCUUGAACAAAAUGGAUCAGAAAACUAUUGAGAUGACAGAAAAUAGAACUGAUCGCGUGACUAUAAUUACAAACCAUAGCAGUACUUUUUUUAAUAUUGGCGACGUCGUUUAUUAUGUUUGUGAAUCAAGUAAUUUUACCGAUUCGACAAAACUGUCUGCGUUGCAACGCAACUCUAAAGAAAUGUUAGAAAGACAACUUGCUGCGAGUGAGAUUCCUUCGCCAACCCUAGCCUUUAAAUUAAAUGUCAACGGCACUGAUCAUUGUACAGAAAUAUUCUGCCGUGCACGAACUGAUGUAGGCUUGAACAUCCUAUCUACGAGACUUUUGGUGCAAGUGAAAAUUGACGGAGUCGUUAAGGAGUGCAUGCCUACAAAAGAACAUGUAUCUCCGGCCCUUGUGUGGUACAUUGUAGGAGGCAUAGCUGUUUUUGCAUUGGUGCUGGUAGGUGUGUUGUACGGUAUACGCGAUAAGGGGGAAAAAAAUUUGUGAAUUUAUAUCUAAUGUAAGUUUUUCUAUUCGACUACGAAAAAUGGCAAGUUAAGCUCAAUCUCAAUCUUAAAUCAUCUCUAUGUAAGCAAAAUACACUUGAAA